AUCUGGAAGUAGACACUCUUGUCUGAAAGCAAACACAAUCACACCCAAACUCAUCCUCCUCUUCUUCAGUCUACGUUCACAGCACCAACCAAUCAAUGGCUUCUUCGUCUCCAUUGCAGAUGGUUCACACUUCUUGCACCGUCACUCAGAUUGGUGUGAAGUCGCAGCUAGCUUCCGCAAAUCGAACAUCUCAAUCACUUCGCUUCGGAGCUCGUUCCUCUGGUUUCGCACUCUCUUCAAGGCUACACUACGCAGCAAGUUCCCCUCUUAAGCAAUUCUCCGGAGCUUAUGCCACCACCAAGCUCCAGAGAACAGCUUGUGUUAAAUCAAUGGCUGCUGAGGAGGAAGAAGAAGAAGUGCUAGCACCUCCUCAAGCUAAAGUGACAAACAAGGUUUACUUUGAUGUGGAAAUUGGAGGUGAAGUCGCUGGAAGGAUUGUGAUGGGUCUGUUUGGUGAUGUUGUCCCAAAAACCGUUGACAACUUCCGUGCCUUGUGUACUGGUGAGAAGAAGUACGGGUACAAAGGUUCUUCCUUUCACCGUAUCAUUAAGGACUUUAUGAUCCAAGGAGGUGAUUUCACUGAGGGAAAUGGUACUGGAGGUAUUAGUAUUUACGGUGCCAAAUUUGAAGAUGAAAACUUCAACCUGAAGCAUACUGGACCUGGAAUCUUGAGCAUGGCUAACGCUGGUCCUAACACUAAUGGAAGUCAGUUUUUCAUUUGCACCGUCAAGACUCCAUGGUUAGAUGGGAAGCAUGUUGUGUUUGGACAAGUCAUUGAAGGUAUGAAGCUUGUGAGGAGACUUGAAUCUCAGGAGACACGCGCCAUGGAUGUUCCAAAGAAAGCUUGCAGAAUCUAUGCCUGCGGAGAGCUCCCAUUGGAAGCUUGA